AUGUCGGCUAUCCUUGAUGGUUCGGCCAUGCCGCCGCCUAUCUUGCCCCGCCAUGUAACACUCCGUGAUCGCCAAACUGUUGCAACUGUUGUCCCGUUUGCUUCUCAGCAUCAAGUCCCCGGAUCUCUGCUCCGCUAUCUCAGUGACCAAUUCAACAAGGAGAUCGACGGCGGAGAUACCUACCCGAUGCUGGAGCCAAUGGCCGUCGACACCUUCUCCGCAUAUUGGUUCCAAAAAUUUGGCGGCGUCAUGCUCCUCGGCCACAUCGAGAGCGCUGCCGAGGUCGUCGAGGGCACGGACUGGUCGAAGGAGUGUCUCGGCACCUUCUACAUCAAACCGAACUACCCUGGCCGCAGCAGCCACAUUUGCAACGCAGGUUUCGUUGUCACCGACGCCGCCCGUAACCGGGGUGUGGGCCGGCUGAUGGGUGAAACCUAUUUGGAAUGGGCGCCGAAACUCGGGUACAAGUACUCGGUCUUCAACCUCGUAUACGAGACAAAUGUUGCAUCGUGCAAGAUCUGGGACGCCCUGGGCUUCAAGCGUAUCGGCCGCGUCAAAGGUGCCGGGAACCUUAAGAGCUACCCGGACCGGCUGGUGGACGCCAUCAUCUACGGACGGGACCUGGGCGACACGGCGGGCGGCGCGGGCAACGAGGAACUUGUGAGUGAAGAGCGUUUCGACAAGAUCAAGUUCUACCUCAAAUACGGCCGCUAUCCCAACGGCGCUGACCGAGCCGAGAAAAGCAGGCUGCGUAGCGCUGCUACCCACUACAAGCUCCUGGAAGGCGACGUUCUGAUGCUCAAGGACAAGGAGGUCAUCUCGGACCCCCAGCGUCAGUACGAAAUCGCACGGAGCGUGCACAACCAGGCCCAUGGCGGCAUCAACAAGACGACGGCUACCAUUGCCGAACGGUACCACUGGAGUCGCAUCAAGGAAACCGUUUCAGAUGUAAUUAGGAACUGUUCAGAAUGCAAAGACUCGAACAAGGCCUCGUCCUCCCAAGGACAACAGCCCAUUGUGGGCCCCCCUCUCAACAACUUAAAGCGCCCCAACCUUGGUAGCCCGUCGCCGACGGCUUGUAAGCGUGCCUCGCCAGGUCCCUCGGGAUCAGCGGCUGGUAUGCAGUUCACUGGGGUCCGGUCGCCAAUGGCUGAUCCAACCCACCUCUCUCCGUUCACCUUCUCAUCCCACCUUCAGUUCGCUGAUCCCAGCGCCAUCUCAAUCCUCCCUCCACACCCCCUCCCACCGCCAACCGAUAAUGUCAUGGCCGGCCACGGGACCAUCGGCCGGGACACCCACAACCCGAUGCUCCAGCCGCUCCAUCCCGAUCACCACACACAACCCGCCCACCCGGUAUCGCUCCGGGGCCUUGCUGCAGACCCACACUCGCAUGCCGUUUCGGAUUACCAGCCGAUCGACCCGCAGAUAAUAGCGCAGUCCUCCUCAGCAAGCGACCUGCACCACCACGCCCAUCACCAUCACCACACACACGACCACUACCCCUUUUCGCCCCCGUCGCCCCCAACUCAUCACACCUCGGCACAUCACCACGACCCAGACACCGACCUAGACGCAGAUGCCGCCGACGUCGAGACCUUCCAAGCACUUAUUAACGCCGCCGUCACCGACGAUGACGAUGACGGCCAGGAGGAUGGCGAAGAUAACAACAACCGUAACAACAACGACAACAGCAGCAACCACAACGAAAGCAACAACCUAACACCAACAUCCCGCCGCACCACCACCACCACCACAACAACAGAACAAGAAGACAACCUAACCAUCGGCCCCCCAAAACCCGGCCAUCCGCACCCCCUCACCAACCACCCACCCCACGACCCCAGCAGCAGCAGCAACAACAGCAGCGGCAGCCACCGCAAGACACAAGAGCAAGAGCAAGAAGAGCGCGAUCAGCAGGCGGCAGUGGACCGCGACCUAGAGAUGCUGAUCGAGUCGCCAGCCGACGAUGACGGGGACGUGGACGUGGAUCUGGAUGGGAAUGGAGCCGCUGGAGGCGACGACGGGGACGAGCCGAUGGUCAUGGCCAUGGCCAUGUCUAUGCCGGGGGAGGGGGAGGGGGACGGGCAUGGGCAGGGGGACGGGCACGGUUUGGAUGGGCCUGGUGCGAGAGGGGGGGCAUGA